AUGCCCACUACUCCUACAGUAACACUUUCACCAAACAUUUCAAAAGAAGGCAAUUUAUUACCUCAACAGUUUCGACAUUCUGUAACAUCGUUUAGAAGAAAAGAAGAUGAUAUAAAAUGUGCGAAAAUCGGUGAAAUGUUAUUUACUUUUAAACGACGAAUGGACGAAGAAAAUGGAAAAAAUCCAAAUUGCAGUAAAACAGCACAAUCAAAUUUUGCGUCAAUGUUGAAUAGGCCUGCAAAUAGCAUCAGUAAUUCGUUGAGGUCAUUGAAUCCAGAUCAAUUACGACUUAAUUAUGGCAAUGAACAGAUACAGGGAAGUAGAAGAUCGCUAGAUCAUAAUAUCAUAUCGGAGAGACAAGUGCUUCAAUGUAUGACACCAAAUACAGAUUCAGGGAAUGAAUCCGGAAAUGUCACUUUAACCACGUCGUGUAGGAACAAAAUUUUACCAUUAAUUUCUGAUGUUGUUUAA